UACAUAGGUUUGUAUGAGCAAUGCACGCGACGAAUUUCAAGGUCUCCGAACUCGCCGACUACGUCAUGGUUUCUCUCUCUCUAAAACUAGAAACAUUUUUCGUUUCUUUUUAGUCGGUUUUUCGGCGUUAAAGCACGAUGAUAUUUUACGCGUUACUCUUAUUAAUUCCGGUUUUUCUCUACUUUUUGCAUCAAAAGCGGUUGGAGCAAGAUGCUGCUGUGGGAGCGCCUGGUCCAAAGGGACUUCCAUUAUUUGGAUGCAUUUUUGAGAGUCAAAGUUACCUGAAAUCGCAGACAAUGUUCAAAUAUUUCGACAAGCUACACAAAUCCUACGGCGAUACUUACCAACUUUGGAUGGGACCUACAAAAAUGAUCAUUUCUCGUGACCCCAAAAUCACCGAGGCAAUUGUAAAUAAUCCAAAAUUCGGCAAAUCCAGUGAGUAUGAUUUGGUUAAACCCUGGCUGGGAGACAGCAUGUUGAUCAAUGAGGGCGAAAAGUGGCACAAAAAACGAAAAAUGAUCACGCCAGCAUUCCAUUUUCAAAUUUUGGAGCGAUUUAUUCCGAUAUUCGAGGAACAAUCGGAAGUUUUUAUCGAAAAUUUGCGAGAUACGAUGCACAAACCUGAGGGAAUUGACAUUUUCCGGAAGUUACAUUUGAUGACGCUCGACAUAAUUUCGGAAACAUCGAUGGGAGUGCAAUUAAAAGCGCAACAAGAUCCACAUUCGCCAUUCAUUGAAGCCAAUGAGAGAAUGACUAAAAUCAUCGAUAAACGAGUGUACAGUGGUUAUCUCGCAAUUGAAUGGCUCUUUCGUCUCUCGUCGCUCUACAAACAGCAAGUUGAGAGUUUGAAGUUCAUUAAUGACUACGUUGAUAACGUUAUUGUACAAAGACAACAAAAAUUGGUUGAAGAAAAUAAAAAUAAAGCAAAUUCCGUUGAAGAUUCUGAAACAAAAAAACGUCCUGCGCUCCUCGAUAUUUUACUUCAAGCCAAAAUUGAUGGGGAACCACUUUCAAAUGAUGAUAUUCAAGCCGAAGUGAAGACUUUCAUGCUCGCUGGACAUGAAACUACUGCAAAUUCACUUUCUUUCACGACCUACUUGCUCGCAAAAUAUCCCGAAGUGCAAGAAAAGCUUUGGAACGAGAUAAAAUCCAACAAUUUAGAUGUUAAAUCAGAUCCUUUGACGAUUCGUGAUCUAAAUUCCUUGUCAUACAUGGACAAUGUCAUCAAAGAAUCCCUUCGUAUCUUCCCCGUCGCUACUAUUGUAAUGAAACGCUGUAACGAAGACGUUCGUAUCGGAAAUUUAUUUAUUCCUGCCAAGACCAGUAUCGCUACGAACAUCUUCAGUGGUCAUCGUAUGGAAAAGUAUUUCAAAGACGCUGAGAAAUUCGACCCAGAUCGCUUCAAUCCUGAGAUCACAGCACAAGAUCGGAAUCCAUAUGCAUACCAACCGUUUUCUAGUGGCUUGCGAAAUUGUGUGGGACAGAAAUUUGCACUUUUGGAGAUGAAAACGGUGCUUGUGAAGUUACUAACGACCUUUAAACUCGAACUAGCUGAUAAAGACUUCGAAGUGGAUCUGAUCCAAAUGGGCACUUUAAGAUCGAAAAAUGGGGCGCCGUUGCUUUUCAAAGAAAGAAAUUAAUUGUAAGGUUUUCUGUAAAAAUUAUGGAUUACAUUUACAUUAAAUAGAAAUGGUUAGACGAGCAUUGUUGGGUGUAGCUAGAUGUGUCUAUAAAACUUUCUGAACGAAACUUAUGAAAAAACGAAAAAUAAAACUAAAACCAGGGUCGAA